AUGCAUUUACGUGUAAUCUCACCUCAGAGACACACAACAGUUGUGGUUAACGGAUCGGUCUGCGAGGCUGUGGCCCAUCGAUACUCUUUGGAGCGAGAGAUUAACCUCAUCUGUGAAGAGCAGCAGAGCUACAUCAGCAGACCUGGUAACCCAGGUGUGGUGGGCUUCUACAAGACAUACAUGUGGACGCUGUAUCAGACAUUCAUCCAGAGAUAUCCAGUGUGGGCUGUGAGCCAUGCUGGACACUGUAUGCCUCCAGACACCUAUGAUAUGAUUGAAGAUGCAUCUGUGACUGAGAAGGAGGAUGUUUUUGGGCUAAACGGGCAGAUUGAACACAAGCUGGCCUUCCUUCGAAAGCAUGUGCCUCGGGACAUGAACCUGCUGCUGAUUGGUCACUCCAUCGGUUGCUACAUCAUUUUGGAGAUGCUGAAGAGAGACCCAGAGCUAAAGGUUGUGAAGGCGGUGAUGCUCUUCCCCACGAUUGAGCGCAUGGCCUGUAGCCCUCAAGGCAAGGUCAUGACCCCAGUGCUCUGCCGGCUGCGGUACGUCUUCUAUCUGCCCAUCUUCCUGCUCUCCCUCCUUCCAGAGAGGCUGAAGGUCAGCAUAGUGAAUCUGGCUCUGAGGAACAUUUAUGCAGUGGAUACCUCCAUCAUCCCAGCCACUGUCAGCCUGAUCAAUGUAGACUGUGCAGGUGAGUAAACGCUUUACUUUGUU